AUUUAAGUAUUAAUCAGUUAUCUUUAAAUAUAUAACAUGUUAAUAAAAAAUAACACAGGAGAAUAUAAAAGAUAAAAAAUGAUUGUGUGCUAAAUACUGCUACAAAUUUUGGAUUAUAGCCAAGUUAUUUGUACUUAGUAUAUUCACAUUCAUGUUACAAUAUAAGUAUUAGAUCUUCUAUUUCCUACAUAAAAUUUUCCAUAAGUACUUCUAAUAUCUCUAUAAAUUUAUUUUUCAAGAAUAAAAUAAAUUUACAUUAUAUUAAUCAUUUAUUUUUGUUUUGUUUUAAUAAAUUAAUAAAAAUAUUGAAUCUUUAUAUAUUUGUAUCUAUUAUAUUUCAAGCAAAUUUUAAAUGGCUUGAAUACUAGAAAUGAUUUCUUCCUAUUUUCAGCACUUAAAUGUGUACAAUAUCACAAAAAUAUAAUAAUAUAAUAUUUUUACGUUUGUUUUUUAUUACUUGUAGAUCAUAUAUGGUACUAUUUAAAAAUGCAAAAUUAUAUUUUUAAUUAUACAAACAAAAUAUGUAGUGUAGUAUUGACAUAAUAAAUUUCUAAUAGAUUAAAUUACACUAAGAGUGUAGUUGCUUUGAUUGUGUAGUUAACAGUCUUUAGUUCCCUCUUUCAUUUUCCUAGAGGUAAUUUUAGUCUCACCUCAUAGUCUUAAUCUUAGUACAUGUACUACUUUGGCCAAUGCAAUAGCCAGUAAUUUUUUGAGUAAGCAACUUCUAAUAAAGUACAUAUUUAUUACAAGUAUAGAAAUUUGUUGAAUAAAAAAGUGAUGUUAAUAUAAAUAAAAAAAUUAAAUAGUAAUGUGAAUAUUAAUAUAUAAUUUUAUUAAUUUAUUCUUUAAAUGUAUGAUUUUAUAUAUUUUUUACUGAUUGUAAUUCCAAUAUUGUUUACAGCUUUGUAGAAAUUAUAUCUAAUUUUAUUUCAAAGUAAAUUGUUGUUACUUUUAUAACAUCUUAUGAUUAUAAUAUGGAUCUAGCAAAAGAGUUAAUAUUGAAUCUUAAACAAAAGAAUGUAUCACAUGUGGGAUAUGGCUUACAAAAGGAAUGUGAAGCUCUUAUUGGACAUAUUUUACAAAAUAUGGUAAAAUCUCAAUUACCACCAUUAAAUGUUGAAAGAAAAAAUGCAGAUGAUGCAAUUAGAUAUAGAGAAGAAGGAAAUCAACAUUUUGUUGUGGGUGAUGACAUUGAUGCUAUAGAGAGUUAUACUAAAAGUUUAGCAUAUGCUAACAAUAAAGAGUUAAUGGCAUAUGCACAUGCAAAUAGAUCUGCAGCUUUGUUCAGAAAAGAAAUGUACAAAGAAUGUUUGAUAGAUAUUGAUGCUGCUUUAUUAUGUGGAUAUCCAGAUAAUAAAAGAAAAAGACUUAAGGAAAGAGGAGCCAAAGCGAUCGAUGAACUUAAGAAAAUUUUACAAAUAUCCGAGGAUAAAUGCACUAACGUUGAAAAAAUUAUAGAUCAAAUUUGUUUAAAUCAAGAUACAAAAGAAGAUAUUACAAAAACAGAUACUAAUGAUAUUAUACAUGCUAAUGACAAGAAUAAAGAAAAAAAUUUAUUGCCUGAUAAUCAAUAUCAUGAAAAACGAUUUUUUAAUAUCAAUCAUUUACCAAUCAAAUGUACAACACAAAAGCCAAGAUAUUUAGAGAAAGAAGGUUCUUUAUUUCUCGCUUAUGGUCCAAAUAAAGAGUGCCCUGCUGCCAGCGAUGGUAUCAAAAUUGGUUUUUCUAAAGAAUUUGGACGUCAUUUUGUAGCUACAAAAAAUUUUAAUCCAGGAGAUAUAAUUACCAUCGAAAAUCCGUAUGCACACGUCAUCUAUGAGGAAAGGUUUUAUACACAUUGUCAUCAAUGUCUUUCAAGAUGUUAUAAUUUAAUACCAUGCUCAAAUUGUCCAAUUGCACAAUAUUGUUCAGAAGAAUGUAAGAAGAUAGCUUGGGAUAUGGCUCAUAUGACAGAAUGUCCAAUUUUGGUACUAUUAAAAAAUUUAUUGAAUGUUGAUAAAGACAAGAUAAGAAUGCUUACUAAAAUUAUUAGACUCUUAAUUGUAGUAACAGAAAAUGGUUCCAAGAUAAAGGAAUUACAAGAAGAUAUGAAAAUUGCUGAAUCCAAUCCUGAUAGCAGAACAGCAGGUUUUACAGAUGAGGGUGUAUUCUAUAAUUUUAGUGCUCGAUCUGCUUUAAGUCUUGCAACAAAUAUGAUUACUAGACCAUUGAUCGGUAUCAGUGCAUUUGCAUGUAUUUCAGCUCUUGCUACUAUUCUUCUAGCUACACAAACUAAUUUCUUUGGCAAAAAAUAUGAAAUAGAUUAUUUGGAAGAUAUAAGUGAAUUUUCUGAUUUAAGAUUUUGUGGUAGUAUUAUGUUUCGAGCUUGUGUUAUUAUGUCUUCUAAUUGUUUUUCAGUACAACAAGAGCCAGGAAUAAAAUCUGGGUCAGGGUUAUAUGUAACACACAGUUUGUACAAUCAUUCAUGUAGUCCAAAUACGUUUAGACAUUUUGAAGGACUGACUAUGAUUACUCGUGCGUUACAUCCAAUUUUAUCAGGAGAUCAAGUUUUUACAAGUUAUGGCCCUGAAUAUGCAUAUAUGCCACGUUUAGAAAGGAAAGAAAAAAUAAUGCAAGAUUAUUUUUUUGAUUGUCAAUGUCCUGCAUGUGUAUUUAAUUGGCCCGUAUAUACCGAGAUACUUCGUAAUCACAUUGGUUCGAUUACCAAAAAUAAGCAACUUGUAGAAGAAUUAAAACCCUUUAAACAAAGAUUGCUUAAGAAUAUUUACGAUAUUGAUGCAGUAAAAAACGUUCUUAAUAUUUUAUUUAAAGAAGUAUCUCAACCAUGUGAGGAGAUAGUUCAUGCAGAACAAUAUCUAAAAAGUUAUUAUUUAGGUAAAUUUAAGUGAUUUAAAUUAUUUAAAACAAAAUAAUAAUCGCUUGGCUUGCUUACAUAUAAUGGCUUAUUUAUAUGCUUUACAAAAACUGCUUUAUUUUCCUUAAUACCCAUGCAGCUUCUUAUAAACUAGCUCCAAUAAAGUUGCUUUUCUUGCAUUAACAAAUAUUGAUUUUUUAAGUAUUUUGCUAUUGUUUUAUUUAUAAACAUAUGGAAAGAGUUAGUGCUAUUAAUGACAUAAACAAUGAACUUGUGUAUUAUAUAUUAUAUAUUUUGUUUUUUAGAUCCGUAAUACAUGGGUUUAAAUAUUGAACAGUACAUUUAAUAAAAGACACGAAAUCUUUUUAAAAAUUUUUUAUUUAAGUUAUAUGUAUAUUUUGCUAGAUGACACUAAAUACAUGCACAUCAUUUUUACAUCAA